CGGCGGCGGGAGCCGCGCUUUCCGCACUCAGGCGCAGCCGGGCGGAUCCGACUCAGGACCGAGCAGCCCCCUCGACCACCAUGUCUGCAGCCUGGAUCCCCGUUCUCUGCCUCGGUGUCUGUCUGCUGCUGCUGCCGGAACCUGCGGGCAGCGAGGGAGCCGUUCCCAUUGCUAUCACAUGCUUUACCCGAGGCCUGGACAUCAGGAAAGAGAAAGCAGAUGUCCUCUGCCCAGGGGGCUGCUCUCUUGAGGAAUUCUCCGUAUUUGGGAACAUAGUGUAUGCAUCUGUAUCAAGCAUAUGUGGUGCAGCUAUCCACAGGGGAGUAAUCAGCAACUCAGGGGGACCUGUACGAAUAUAUAGCCUACCAGGUCGAGAAAACUAUUCCUCAGUAGUUGCCAAUGGCAUUCAGUCUCAAACACUUUCCAGAUGGUCUGCUUCUUUCACAGUGACAAAAGGUAAAAGUGGUACCCAGGAGGCCACAGGACAAGCAGUGUCCACAGCACGUCCAUCAACAGGUAAACGACUAAAGAAAACACCUGAAAAGAAAACUGGCAAUAAAGACUGUAAAGCAGACAUUGCAUUUCUGAUUGAUGGAAGUUUUAAUAUUGGGCAGCGCCGAUUUAAUCUACAGAAGAAUUUUGUUGGCAAGGUGGCUCUAAUGUUGGGAAUUGGAACAGAAGGACCACACGUGGGCCUUGUUCAAGCCAGUGAACAUCCCAAAAUAGAAUUUUAUUUGAAAAACUUUACAUCAGCCAAAGAUGUUUUGUUUGCCAUAAAGGAAGUAGGUUUCAGAGGGGGUAAUUCCAAUACAGGAAAAGCCUUGAAGCAUACGGCCCAGAAAUUCUUCACAGCAGAUGCUGGAGUAAGAAGAGGGAUCCCCAAAGUGGUGGUGGUAUUUAUUGAUGGCUGGCCUUCUGAUGACAUUGAGGAAGCAGGCAUUGUGGCCAGAGAGUUUGGUGUGAAUGUAUUUAUAGUUUCUGUGGCCAAGCCUAUCCCUGAAGAACUGGGGAUGGUUCAGGAUGUUGCAUUUGUUGACAAGGCUGUCUGUCGGAACAAUGGCUUCUUCUCUUACCACAUGCCCAACUGGUUUGGCACCACGAAAUAUGUAAAGCCUCUGGUACAGAAGCUCUGCACUCAUGAGCAAAUGAUGUGCAGCAAGACCUGCUAUAACUCAGUGAACAUUGCCUUUCUAAUUGAUGGUUCCAGCAGUGUUGGAGACAGUAAUUUUCGCCUCAUGCUUGAGUUUGUUUCCAACAUAGCCAAGACUUUUGAAAUCUCAGACAUUGGUGCCAAGAUUGCUGCUGUGCAGUUCACCUAUGAUCAGCGCACAGAAUUCACUUUCACUGAUUACAGCACCAAAGAGAAUGUCCUAGCUGUUAUCAGAAACAUUCGCUACAUGAGCGGUGGAACAGCUACAGGUGAUGCCAUUUCCUUCACUGUUAGAAACGUGUUUGGUCCUGUGAGGGAUAGCCCCAACAAGAACUUCCUGGUAAUUGUCACAGACGGGCAGUCCUAUGACGAUGUUCGAGGCCCUGCUGCUGCUGCACACGAUGCAGGUAUUACCAUCUUUUCUGUUGGAGUGGCUUGGGCACCUUUGGAUGACCUGAAAGAUAUGGCCUCUAAACCAAAGGAGUCACAUGCUUUCUUCACGAGAGAGUUCACAGGAUUAGAACCAAUUGUUUCCGACGUCAUCAGAGGCAUUUGUAGAGAUUUCUUGGAAUCCCAGCAAUAAUGGUAACAUUUUGACAACUGAAAGAAAAAGUGUAAGAGGAUGUAAUGUAUGUCAUUUUCUCCUAAUACUGAAAUACUAUAUAGCAUACUAGGACCAGAUACAAAACUAUUAUAUUAAAAAUGCCAACAGCUGUUUCAAGCAAAUAAGCAUUCAUUUAAAGCUACUACCU